AUGAAAGUCGCAGUAUUUGGGACGCGUAAUUACGAUGUCGAUUCUCUGAACAGCGCCAACGGCGAAGGAAGCGACAUCACUUUCACUUUUUAUGAGGCUUUGCUGGACGAUAAGACAGUGGCCCUCGCAGGCGGGCACGAUGCAGUCUGUAUCUUCGUUAACGACCGCUGCAACGCCCGGAUCCUUCAGAAACUACACGAGCUAGGAGUUAAAUACGUCGCACUGCGAUGCGCAGGUUUCAACAACGUCGACCUCAAGGCUGCUGAAGAGUUGAAUAUCAAGGUCGCCCGUGUACCUGCCUACUCUCCAGAAGCCGUGGCCGAGUUCACAAUAGGGAUGAUUAUGACCGUCGUGCGAAAGUACCAUAAAGCCUACAAUCGCGUACGAGAGGGCAACUUCCUCCUGGAUGGUCUCCUCGGUAUCAACCUCCACGGGAAAACAAUAGGGAUCAUCGGGACAGGAAAGAUUGGGCUGUUGACGGGAAAGAUCCUCUCAAAGGGAUUUGGGGCGAAGGUCAUUGCAUACGAUCCCUACCCUUGCAACCUUGCGGAGGAGUAUGGCAUCACAUACGUCGACAAGCUGGAGGACCUACUCUCGACAUCGGAUAUCAUCAGCUUGCAUUGCCCUCUUAUGGACUCGACGAAGUAUAUCAUCAACGACAAUACCCUGUCGCAUACGAAGCCCGGCGUCAUCUUAAUUAACACCUCUCGUGGUGGCCUGAUUGAUACUUACGCGCUAAUUCGUGCAUUGAAAUCUGGGCAUGUGUCCGCAGUUGGACUGGACGUCUACGAGCGAGAAUCUGGUUACUUCUUUGCAGAUUCUAGCGCCAAAGUAAUAGCAGACGAUAGCUUUGCUCGCUUGCUUUCCUUCUACAAUGUAUUCAUGACAGGACACCAAGCCUUCUUGACACGAGAAGCAUUGGAGAACAUCGCAGAUACCACUAUCAAGAACCUUCGCGCUUUAGAAGCUACAGGAACCUGUGAUUGUAUCGUUAGACAAGAGAAGUAA